CUGCACUGUGAUGCUCAAUGGCACUCCCUGGGGUGGCAGCAUGGCUUGGGUCCUUGGCACCCAGCUGCCUAGAGCAGACAGCAGUGGGAACAUCACAUCCACAGCUGCUGUUGCUUAUCGGGAGCGAGAGUGAGCACUGCUUGAGGCACCAUGCGUGAGUGCAUCUCCAUUCACGUUGGCCAGGCUGGAGUUCAGAUCGGCAAUGCAUGCUGGGAACUCUUCUGCCUGGAGCAUGGAAUUCAGCCAGACGGCACCUUCGCUGAAAAGACCAUCAAUAAUGACGACUCCUUUGCUACGUUCUUCAGAGAGACUGGCAGCGGGAAACAUGUGCCACGAGCUAUCAUGGUGGACUUGGAGCAAACUGUAGUCGAUGAAGUGCGGGCUGGCACCUACCGACAGCUUUUCCACCCGGAACAGCUGAUAACUGGCAAGGAAGAUGCAGCUAAUAACUACGCCCGUGGUCACUACACCAUUGGGAAGGACAGGAUUGAGCUAGCACUGGAUCGCAUUCGAAAACUGGCUGACACCUGUGCAGGGCUACAAGGAUUCCUGAUUUUCCACAGCUUCGGAGGAGGCACAGGUUCUGGCUUUACCUCCCUGCUGAUGGAGCGCCUGUCUGUGGACUAUGGCAAGAAGUCCAAACUGGAGUUUGCCAUCUACCGCCCCCAGGUUUCCACUGCGGUGGUGGAGCCCUACAAUUCUAUCCUGACCACCCACACCACCUUGGAGCAUUCCGACUGCGCCUUCAUGGUGGACAACGAGGCCAUCUACGACAUCUGCCGUCGCAAUCUGGACAUUGAGCGCCCUACGUACACCAACCUGAACCGCCUCAUCAGCCAGAUUGUCUCCUCCAUCACCGCUUCCCUGCGUUUUGAUGGCGCCCUCAACGUGGACUUGACUGAGUUCCAGACCAACCUGGUGCCUUACCCUCGCAUCCACUUCCCCUUGGUGACCUAUGCGCCCAUCAUCUCCUCCGAGAGGGCUUACCACGAGCAGCUCUCCGUGGCCGAAAUCACCAGCUCCUGCUUUGAACCCAACAACCAGAUGGUGAAAUGCGACCCCCGCCAUGGGAAGUACAUGGCCUGCUGCAUGCUCUACCGAGGUGAUGUGGUGCCCAAAGACGUCAACGUAGCCAUUGCUGCGAUCAAGACCAAGAGGACAAUCCAGUUUGUGGACUGGUGCCCAACUGGCUUCAAGGUUGGCAUUAAUUACCAGCCGCCAACUGUAACCCCUGGAGGAGAUCUGGCCCAAGUCCAGCGCGCUGUCUGCAUGCUCAGCAACACCACUGCCAUUGCUGAAGCCUGGGCAAGGCUAAACCACAAGUUCGACCUGAUGUUCGCCAAGAGAGCGUUUGUGCACUGGUAUGUUGGUGAAGGCAUGGAAGAAGGGGAGUUUGUAGAAGCUCGAGAGGACCUGUCCGCCCUGGAGAAGGACUAUGAGGAAGUGGCAACUGACUCGUUUGAGUCGGUACUCGACAGCGAGGAAAUCUAACAGUUUGCUCCUCUCUGUGCACCA